AUGAAUAUGAAGGAGGAAGAUGAGCUAACUCGAUUAAAACGGAAUGCUUCGAAACUUCUUCAGCAAGCUCAUGAAAAAACACACGCUCGGCAACGCCAAUCACCUACGAAUGGAAGAUGCCGAUCAGCAUGUGAUCAGCUGGAUGCACGCGUCAGAAGACGAUUGAACUCUUUCACUGCAAUGAGGUGGGCUGGGAAACCAAGGAAGUUGUCGCCUCUGCUGUUUGCAUCACAUGGAUGGGUUUGUGUAUCCCCAGAGAUGGUGCGGUGUGAGGCCUGUGGUCAAUAUAUGAGUGUUAUGAUACCCUCACUGUUGCAUGCUGAUGUUACUGUUUAUCAAAAAUCAGUCAGAAUGCUCGUUUCCAUGAUUACCAUGAAACAUUAUGUUACAUGUCCAUAUAGAUAUACUUCUUCCGGUACGGACGAUGCCAUACCACUUAACGCUCUUUGCAAAGACGUUGUUAAUCACAGGUGUGAGAUCAUGAAGAAGCUUAAUCUUGAGCAAAUUAAAGUGGAUGUCCCCGAAAUCCCAUCAACUGUGGUUCUUGAAACCACUGUACAAAAAUGCAAAGCACUGAUUUGCUUUGGCUGGCAAAAAAGCAAGUAUUUGGACGAUACUGUAGUUUGUAAAUUCUGUAAUAGGACAGUGGGAUUAUGGCUUUUAAGAGGACACUCUUUUGACGUUGAGAAACAGCAUCAUAACUGGUGUAUUUUUGCAUCAGAUACAAGCCGACACACAGAUGGAUGGCAGUGCCGUCAUUUUGUACUCCAAUGCAUCAACAGCUCAAAGGACCUCCCUAUCACGAACUGGGCCGCCAAAGCAGAAGUUUGGAAAUCAGCUCUUAUGCCGAAAAAUAUAUCGUCUCUCAUAAGAGAAAGAAGUGCAUAA